AUGGGUCAUUCGACUCCAUUUUGGAAUUUAAAUUCCACCUUUACGACCAUCACGGCAACAACAAGGCUCGUCCUUAAAGCGGAUGUCACCCAAGCGGAAAUCUGCAGCUCAUCUCAAAACGAGUUGUCCAGCUACUUCGGUGUCGACUUUGUUGGGAAGCUUUCUUUCUCGAUCGACGACUUCAGAGGAUCCAUAUUCGAGCAAAGAUAG